CAAAGAAGGUGAAAGUUCAUGAAGCGGACCCCGGGAUAUGAAACACGCAGAUAAAUGCUGUAUGCCGUCUUUCAAACCAACCACAUAAUAUAAACAUUCAGUACAGAAACAACAACUCCGUUGCCAAUAGAACGUGCUUUCGUAAGUCCUGCAGGAUACAUGAAGAGUUUUUUGUAUCUGUCCUACAUAAGAGGUCGAGCGAACCCGAGUCUCCACUUUGCUGCGGACCAGCUAACUGUGCACUGCGGCCGAACUUAACCCACCAUCAUGUCGUUUUUCCACGUACUCUGGAGCUACACUGCUCAAGCGCUUACGUUGCUUUUCUUCGCGCUCGUCGUCGCGUUCCUCGGUUACUGCUUGUACAUCAAAUACAUCCACAUGAAAUACGACCACAUUCCUGGACCACCGAGAGACAGUUUCUUCUUCGGACACACACCUACGAUUGUGCGAGCAAUGAAAAAAGGGGACCUUGUACACGAACAAUUCCUACAAUGGACAGAGAAAUAUGGGCCCGUCUGUAGGACCAAUAUUCUGCAUUACAUCGUGCUUUAUGUGACCUGUCCAGAAGCGACCAAGGAGAUCAUGAUGUCCUCCAAGUACCCCAAAGAUAAAUUCACCUACAAGAGACUUUACAACCUGUUCGGUCAACGGUUUCUAGGUAAUGGCCUGAUAACAGCAUAUGAUCAUGACAUGUGGUAUAAACAGCGUCGGAUUAUGGACCCUUCAUUCAGCAGCUUGUAUCUACGAGGUUUAACAGGCACCUUCAACGAGAGGGCAGAGAAACUGAUGAGUACACUUUCCGAUGCUGCAGAUAACAAAAAAGAAGUCCACAUGCUCAACCUAGUCAACUGUGUUACUCUUGAUGUGAUUGCCAAGGUUGCUUUUGGUGUGGAAUUAGAUCUGCUCAACAACACUUCACCUUUCCCCAAAGCCAUCGAGACAUCUCUAAAAGGGAUGGUACACUAUGCAAGAGACACCUUCUUCGAGUACAACCCAAGGAACAAACCGUUUAUCAAGGAAGUAAAGGAAGCGUGCAACCUGCUGCGAACAACUGGAGCCAAGUGGAUCCAGGAAAGAAAGACGGCAAUGGAGAACGGUGAAGACGUCCCCAAAGACAUCCUCACACAGAUCAUCAAAUCUGCCGGCAAAGAAGAAAGCAUGACUCAGGAAGAUGAAGAGUGUAUGUUGGACAACUUUGUGACAUUUUUCAUUGCUGGGCAAGAAACGACAGCUAAUCAACUGGCCUUUUGCAUCAUGGAACUUACCAGACAGCCUGACAUUCUGGAGAAAUUGAGGAAAGAGGUGGAUGACGUCAUUGGAACGAAACAGGAAAUCAGCUAUGACGACCUGGGGCAGCUCGUGUAUCUCUCACAGGUGCUAAAGGAGACACUGAGGCUCUACCCGACAGCUCCAGGUACGUCACGUGAGAUGGCUAAAGACAUGGUCAUUGACGGUAUCCACAUCCCUGGAGGAGUCACAGGUUUUUUCAGCUCCUAUGCAACUGGACGAAUGGAGAAAUUCUUCAAGGACCCGCUGACAUUUGAUCCAGACAGAUUUCAUCCAGAUGCUCCCAAGCCUUACUACUGUUAUUACCCUUUUGCCCUUGGCCCACGCGCAUGUCUGGGACAGACUUUUGCUCAGAUGGAAGCCAAAGUGGUGAUGGCCAAGUUGCUCCAGAGGUUCGACUUCACCCUUGUCCCAGGACAGACCUAUGACAUAGUCGACACAGGCACACUCAAGCCCAAGAGUGGAGUAGUGUGCACUGUCAGACACAGGGAUGAUAAGAAAUAGAUUCUAAUACAGUACUACAUCACAAUCACAAUCCAUAAAAGUCCAUGUGGUGGGCUUGGGUGACUGGGUUAGUCAGAGCAUAUAGCCUGUGAUACCUUGUUUUGAACCAUUAUAAAGAAAAUGAUAUCAGAUGAACCAUUAUUCCACAAAUUAACAAUAAAAACAAUUUUCGCAUGUAAAAACAA